AUGACUGCUUUCUUUGUGGUGAAGGCGGGCGCUUUUGACUUCAGUGUGAGUUCAUUUGAUGGUCCGGAUACGAUUAAAGACAAGUUUCUCUCUAAGACUACAAACGAGACCACUGUCUUCCCAACUGUAUGGAAUUUUAGUACUUGGCAUCAGGUCAAUGCGAUCGAUUUUGAUAGUAAGAAGCUGGAAGAACGAGGUUUGUGGGUAAAUGCUCAGGAAUCGGUUGCAAAAAUCAAAGAUGUGUGGUCAAAGUUUCUCAAGGUACUUGGGUAUAAGAAAAAUUGGUGGGCUGACUUGAAGAACAAGCUCGCUUACAAGUGGGCAUGGUGGCGAUCGAAUCCAAAAAAAGCAUUUGAACUCUUACCUGUUGUCAAAAAUAAAGGCAUCCUGGAGAGCGACCCGGGUUUUCGUGACUGGUUCUAUCGCUUGGCGCAACUCCGACGUAAGAGCAACAAAGUUACUGAUGAAGAAAUUAUCGAGUUGCUGAGGGCAAAUGGGCAUGCCUUUCGAUUCAUUCCACUGUCUGUUUGGCUUAAAAAAGUCCCAGGUAUGGACGGUUUAGCAGAGAAGCUGCUAGUAGACUUAGUUUUGCAUUCUUCAAACAGCGAACGGGUAUACAAUGUAUGGCUCGACGCUCGAAUAAGCCCCGAAACGAUAUACCAUUGGUUGGAUCUGGAAAACAAGCUUGGUGCCACUCGAGAAUUCGGGGAGUGGCUUGAAUACAUAGAGAGAUACAGUAGAUUGGAUUCUGUGACUCCUUUCGGCAAGGAUGACUUGAUUCGAUUGCUUGGGAACAAAUGGACUUCCUUGCAAUCAGAUCCUACCGCAUCCCUCAUGCUUUUUCGCGGUUUUAGACGUGAAGGAAGUCUGUCAAAAGAUGAAGACUUUCUUGAGUGGCUCAAGCACAUGGAGCAGCUCCGAGGUCAAGGCAAAACAAUAAAUGACGACGAGAUUGCGAAAUUGCUGUGGUCGAUGAGUAAAGAGUCCGAUUUAGUGGAAAUAGCAGUUAAGAUUCGAGAUGUAUUCGGUACGACUGCUUUAUCAGAAAAGAUUUUGCUGGAGAUGGCAGUGGUACCCACAGUUAGUGAGACCGUGUACAAACUCUGGUUGGGCUAUCGGGAAAGUCCAGAGAAAAUAUUCUUGGCAUUACGUCUUCAUGAUAAGGUUGGCAACACCUGGGAGUUUAAGCAGUGGCUUCGUUACGUUUACUCGUACAGGCGUCUUGAAGACGUACAGGAACCAUUCAGCGACACAAAAUUGCUCAAUUUGGUGAUGGAAGGUAGAACACCAGAGGAAGCAUUUCAUUUGUUUACGUCGCUGCGACAAUAUCCCAGCACGAAACCUUUUGCAAAUACAAUGCUGGCCAACAUGUAUAUCAAUCCCGUACAUCGAAACUUGUUUUCUGCAGAAAGAAUGGAUCGCCCAUUUUCUCCUCAAGAUCUUUUUAAACACCUAGCUUUCGAACCUGGGUCCGGCUUCGACAAAAAUCGGCUGUUUGGAUGGUUUCAGGCCGUCAAUCAGUUUUGGAACGGCGGCUUGUUUCACUUUGAGCAAUUUAGUGUGACUCCUCAUAUGCUUUGCAGCUACGACGACAUAUAUCUCCUGAUAAAGAACAAAAAGAUGGCAAAUGAAAUGGAGGAAAUGUUCAAAUCUUUGAGCGAUGUUAAGGGCAUGGAAUCUUUUAAAAAACAAAUGGACAUUCACACCACCGAACUAAUGUCAUGGCUGAAAAAAGGAACAAGUCCCCGACACGUCUUCAUUGCCUCGGGACCUCAUAUUCAAAUUAAUCUUGAAGAUCAACUUUUUGCUCGAUGGCUCUCGUAUGUCAAGAUUUACAGGGAAGUAUUUAAAUACUAUAGCAACGAAGACUUGUUUUUGUUUCUGAGAAAAUUUAAAUCGACGAAGGAGAUUGUUCAGUUAUUCCAGAAGUUAAAAAAAAUUCCGAAAAUGAAGCCGAUCGCAUCCGCUUUGUUGAAAUAUAUGAACGACAGCCCCACGAUCAGGAAAGAAGCGCUGAGCUGA